AUGGGUCAGCAAUAUUCUCUGGGGGACAACGCGGGCUCACAGGACCCGUCGCAUUCCCACCCCCCAUUCUCUGAAUCGGACUCCGAGGGAUCUAUACGUCCGAUUCACGGCUCAAUUGACUCCGAAAUUCCUAGCGCGUUGGACAGCCCCCAUGUGUCUAUCAACCUCUCCGAUAAAACGGCGUUCAAAUUGAUGGAAGCAUCUCUUUCCAAAUUCAACAAACUCAUCACGUCUGACUCGCUUGCGGAACACGAAGAUGAAUUUCCACUAGAAUCAUGGAGGGAUGAGCUGUCUCGGUUCCACGUAUGGGUUAGGACUGUUGGAGACCAUCAAGAUGGUAAAGGGUCUGUAAUCUACCGCCUCACAUGCGAGCCGCAUCUCUAUAGCCAGAGUGUGAGACUCCUAGAGAGCUUUCAGGAGUUGCUUAUCGACCUCGGAGAUGCCUUAUCUGGGGAUAAUUCAAGCUAUGAAUCCCAGUACGAAGAAGGGAGAGACAAUAUCAAUGAAUUUACAGGGAUCCAGCAUAUCCACCAAACAAUGAAGGAGACACUAAGUUAUCUCAAUCGGGUUUCUGCAAUGAUCCCCAAAACAGCAAGACCCACUGUUCUCAAUGAUAAUCAGACCAUCAGAUCAGACGUUGGCCCAGUCAAGUCCGUGGGAACUCAACUGAUCUCAAAUGCUGGCAAUUCCCAGUCCCUGUGGUCCAGCACGUCCUCACCCCGAGGCACCCCUAGCCCUCCACUAUCGUCAUUCAUUCCGAGCAGUCUAUAUCAAGAUCUAAAGGUUGUGGAUUCAACGGAAAGGUGUGGCGAGGUAAACUGCGUGGCGGAAGGCCCCCUUAGUAGCGCGCCGCCUGCUGGAAUUUCUCAGGUUGCAGGCGAAUCCAUCUUGAUCAUCAAGGAAAAGCAAUCAAUCUCAGCCAAUAACCCAAUGGGCAACCCAGGAGCUUCCAGUACGACAAUGUAUAAUCUAAAGUCCAUCGAUCUAGACGACAUCAUCUCGCGGCUCCUAGAUACAGGACAUUCGACCAGAUUCCACCGGACGGUGUGUCUUAACAAUUUCGAGAUCACCACAAUCUGUGUACUAGCUCGUGAACUCCUCCUUUCUGAGCCCACUCUCUUAGAGUUGGCCGCCCCCAUUAGGGUCGUUGGCGAUAUCUACGGUCAAUAUGCUGAUCUAAUCCGAAUCUUCCAAACAUCCGGAUUUCCGCCGGAAUCGAACUAUCUUUUCCUCGGUAACUAUGUAGACCUGGGUAGGUUGAGCCUAGAAUCCAUCCUCCUACUCCUAUGCUAUAAAAUCAAACACCCGCAGAAUGUCUACCUGCUUCGUGGCAAUCUCGAGUGUGGAAGCGUUUGCAGAGUGUCUAGCUUCUAUGAUGAGUGCAAGCGGCGUCACAAUAAGAAGAUCUGGAAGAAUCUCAUUGACACUUUUGACUGCCUUCCUAUCGCGGCGAUAGUAUCCGGCAAGAUCUUCUGCGUUCACGGCGGGCUAUCUCCUGAUCUAUUAAAUAUGGACGAUAUUCGCGAUAUCCCUCGCCCUACUGAUAUACCCGACUCUGGGCUGCUGACCGAUCUUCUAUGGAGUGACCCGGCAAGUGGUGGUAUGGAGGAAGACUGGAAGCCUAAUGACCGCGGUGUGAGCUACUGUUUCAGUGAAAAGGUCAUCGAAAGCUUUCUGGGCCGAUAUGGCUUUGAUUUGGUGUGCCGGUCUCACAUGGUGGUCAAGGAUGGGGUUGAGUUCUAUCAGGGCCAGACCCUAGUGACCAUCUUCUCAGCUCCGAAUUAUUGCGGCGAGUUCAACAACAUGGGCGCUACCAUGUUCAUUUCAGAGGACCGUAUCUGUAGGUUUGAGUUGAUGGAGCCCCUAGAGUCGACUGCAUUAAAAAAUCACAAGAAGGGUCGAAUAAAGUGA